CCCGAAACAGUCAAUCAUGCCUCGGAAAUCAGACCAGGGCGCUCCAGCGGCCGCUGCACGAAAGAGCGACCAGUCAUCGGCCAAAUUUGCCCUCAUCGAGGAGUCGAGCCCGAAAGACGCAGAAGCCGGGGCGGCGGCCCCUGAUGUAACCACCACCACCACCAGCACGUCACCGGCUGCUGCCAAGGCCACGCCGGAUGCUGAAAGGACGACGUCGUCAAAGUCUCCAGCUGCGGUGACGAAGACCAGCAAAGCUGCCACGGCGGGGACUGGAGCUUCAGCAUCAGCUUCUGCGGGGACGAGUUCUGCGACGGCGCCGGCUGCCAAGGAGGGCGGUGGCGGUGGUCAUCCGCAGACUUCUGUCAAGGAUGCCGUCUCUAUCGAGGACCUUGCUCUACCAAAAUCAAUCAUCACACGUCUGGCCAAGGGCGUGCUGCCCUCCAACACACAGAUCCAGGCCAACGCAGUCCUGGCAAUGACUAAGAGCGCCACAGUCUUUAUCAGCCAUCUGGCGGCGGCCGCCAACGAGAUCACUGAGGCUCAAAAUAAAAAGACGAUAAUGCCACAGGACGUCCUCAAGGCCCUCGACGACAUCGAGUUUGGCUUCAUGAAGGAUCAACUGGAAGCCGAGUUCGAAAAGUUCAACACAACACAAAGCACGAAGCGCUCGUCAUACAGGAAAAAAGUAGCGGCGGCAAAGAAGGCAGGCGGGGCGGAAGGGGAUACUUCAAUGGUCAGCGCCGCUGGCGAUGGCACGGCGGACGAGGGCGACACCACGAUGGCCAGCACGCGGGGCGAUGGCGCUGCUGCGGCGGCAGAGAACGGGGGGUCGCCGCCGCGGUCAAAGAAGCAAAAGAUCGCGGCUGCCGGGGCUGGCGCCGCUGUUGGUGGUGGGGCGGCGGCUGCUGCCGCCUCGUCGAAGAUGGAUGUCGACGAUGAUGCUGACGAUGCCAAAGAUGGAUCCGCAGCGGAAGAAGAGCAGGAUGAAGAGGAAGAGGACAAUGACGAGGAGGAUGAGGAUGAGGAGCAAGAAGACGAUGAAGAAGAAGAGGAGGAAGAGCAAGAAGGAGAUGACAAAGAAGACGACGGUGGAUCCGAUGCACCGGAAGAGGAGGAUGAAGCUCUCGAUGAUGGCAAUGACAGUGAAUAGGUGCUGGCUGCUCUAUUGUGCACUAUGGAACCAAAUCAAGGAUAGCCGCGAACCUCGACGGCUUGUCACAGAAUUUAUCUGGCCAACAAUUAUAGCAUCGUGACCUACUGAGGGAAUGAUUCGUCCAACUUGCGUAAUCAGCUAGAUGGGUUGUCUAAAACCGGCCCGUCCCUAAGCGUCCUUUCCUGUAAACGAUGCUGGUGUCUUUUUGAGUACAUGUUGUUGAGACAGUCGUCUUCCGAAAAUAGGUGGAAAGAGAAAGACGAGAAAAUGGUACGGCUUCCUGUGCACGCACGGGGACCAAACAACGGAAUAUCUCGUUGCAAACCAUCACACCCAGCUUUGGUGACUUCUUUUUCAAGUCGUCACAAUCUUCAUCCUGUUCCCAAUGUCAAGCCCAGACCCCCAAGUCGACGCUUCAAGUCAGGCAAUCAUACUGCCGUAGCUCAUCAAAGACUUAAUCCAGUGCACUGGUAACGUUGGUGAACUCGCCCUUUUCCAGCUUGGUCUUCCAGAAGAUGGGGUUCGUGUCGUUGAAUCCGUGCUUGACCCAUCCAUCCUCCUUGACAUGGUACAAGUUAAUGAAACCACCUGAGUAGGCAUCCCUGUGGGUGGCGGCAAGAAUGCUCCUGCGGCCGAGCUCGAGCGCAUCCUCAUCUGACAAGUCGUACUUGUACUCAGCAUCAAGCACACCAUAGGCAAAGGUCUGACCGGAUCCCACACAGAAAAGGUUGCCGGCAAGCCUGGUGCCGUCACUGUCGAUGUAGUACAGCGCGGGGCCCUCCUCCUUGGUGACGCCGGCGCACAUGGUACCCAUGCUGAGGCCCAUGCCCUUGUACUGGUAGACGAGGUUGGCGAGGAUCUUGGAGGCGGCAGCGACCGAGAUGCGGCGCUUGUGGCGGAGCUCGUGCAGGCGGCACUGCAUACCCAGCCAGGCGAGCCAGUACUGGCAGUCGGCGGCACCACCGGCCAUGGUGCCGAGCAGGCACGAGUUGAUCUCGAUGACCUUCUUGACCGUCUGCGAAGCAAUCCAGUUGCCGGCGGUGGCACGAGAAUCGGUCGCAACGAUGAUGCCUCCCUGAAACCUGAAGGCGAGCGUCGUCGUUCCGUGUGCGAUCUUGAUGGGGCAGUUGGGGUUUGCGUGGUCGUCGGUUGCUGUGCGGAGCCAAGAUGAGGGCUGUGCUACUGGCGGAACGGCAAACUUGAGUGAAAGGCUAGGGACGGAAUCGCAAAGGUCUUGCUGGUCAUCUUCUGUGAAGGUCUCGUUCUGUUGGUAAGCCGGGCGGCUGUAGCGGGCUACCAGGGUGUCCAUGGCGGCGAGUCUGCGGCGUGAUGGCGCCGAGAUUUGGAUGAUGAAGGUAGAAUUGAGUGUCUCUUUCGAAAGUGGAGGACUUUCCAAGGUGAGAAGCUUCCAAUAUUGAAUUAUCGUCUCGAUGCGGGUGGGUAGAGGGGAAGGCGGUUGUGAUGUCGAUGGGGACGUUGAUGGUGGUGAGGUCUAGGUGGGUUCCAUAAGACGUACACCUCGA